GGCAUUUACCGGCGAUACGGCGGAGCCAGUCCCUGCCGACGAAGACAAUGAUGAGGUUUUAAAGCAUACACGCAGAAGCUGGAUUACAAUUUCACCUCGUGCAUGAGGAGCGUUACUCUGCUGCAGACCGACACAGCCUGAAGCCAUCCUGCCAGAUCUGGGACCAUGUCUGGAGCCUACGACGAGUCCGCCAGCCAGGAGGAGACUACAGACAGUUUCUGGGAGGUUGCGAACUACAAACGUACAGUGAAGCGGAUUGACGAUGGUCACCGGCUCUGCAACGACCUGAUGAACUGUAUCCAGGAGCGUGCCAAAAUCGAGAAAGCCUACGCACAGCAGCUGACCGAGUGGUCCAAGAGAUGGAGACAGCUGGUGGAGAAAGGGCCUCAGUACGGCACAGUUGAGCGAGCCUGGGUGGCAGUGAUGAUGGAGGCGGAGAAAGUGAGCGAGCUUCACCAGGAGGUGAAAAACAACCUGAUCAACGAGGACUUUGAGAAGGUGAAGAACUGGCAGAAAGACUCCUACCACAAGCAGAUGAUGGGAGGAUUCAAGGAAACCAAAGAGGCAGACGAGGGCUUUAAGAAGGCCCAGAAACCAUGGGCCAAAAAGCUAAAAGAGCUCGAGGCUGCCAAGAAGUCGUACCACAUGGCCUGCAAAGAGGAGAAGCUGGCGUCCACCAGGGAGGCCAACAGUAAGGGAGAGGCCUCUGUGACAGCUGACCAGCAGAAGAAACUCCACGAGAAAGUGGACAAGUGCAAACAGGAUUCACAGAAAGCGAGGGAGAAGUAUGAGAAGGCUCUGGAUGAGCUGAGUAAGUGCACCCCUCAGUACAUGGAAAACAUGGAGCAGGUGUUCGACCAGUGCCAGCAGUUUGAAGAGAAGAGGCUGAGCUUCCUCAGGGAGGUGCUGCUGGAUGUCAAGCGCCACCUCAACCUCACAGAGAACCAAAGUUAUGCUACAGUGUACAGAGAACUCGAGCGCACCAUCACGUCAGCCAGCCCGCAGGAAGAUCUGAAGUGGUUCAGCAACAGCCAUGGCCCCGGCAUGCAUAUGAACUGGCCACAGUUUGAGGAGUACAACUCAGACCUUAGCCAUAGCAUCUCCAAGAAAGAAAAGUCAAAGAAAAGCAGCGAUGGAGUCAUGCUGACUAACAUCACGACAGCAGUAGACCACGCUCAAGCUGGAGACCGGGGAAGUGUCAGCAGCUAUGAGAAGAACCAGGCAUACACAGCCUCCACAGAGUGGUCGGAUGAGGACCAGACGGCCCCGAACUCAGGCAACGACACCAACGGAGGGACGAACCCCUUCGACGAAGAUGUGGGCAAAGGCGUGAGAGUGAGAGCGCUGUACGACUAUGAAGGCCAAGAGCAGGACGAGCUCAGCUUCAGGGCAGGGGACGAGCUGACGAAGCUGGAGGAGGAGGACGAACAGGGCUGGUGUAAAGGUCGCCUAGACAACGGCCAGCUGGGCCUCUACCCGGCCAAUUACGUGGAGCCAAUCUAACUGCUCCAGCUGAGGACGCUUGUCUCGUCGGAGGGCAAAACCCAGACUGAACCGUCCAGUCAUAACUGCACAUUGCCAGAGACUUCAAAGCAAAGCUUCCUUGUCCUGUCGGGCACAGUGAGCUGUCUUCAUCUCAGCACUCAUCGCAGACAAGACUUCACUGAAACAAAACCAACCCCCAGAUACUGCAACUGCAGCAAAAUAUUUUAGUCUCUUUUGUGUGUAGCUGUGUUUGAUUGCGGUAGUGAUGCUAACAUGCCAUACAGUAUGUUGUCUGAUCAUAAUAUUGAUAUGGUAUCGUCAGUUGUGCCUGGAUAGCGAGAAUGAGCCAUGCAUUGUGCAUUUCAUGUGUAAAAAGUUUUUUGUUUUUUUUUGUUUUUUUUUACAGUCUGGAUCCUUGUACAGUUUUAUUCUUAUUGAUUACGGUGUUUUCUUCCUUUGUGAAAUAUUUACAUGUUUAGUCUCAUAGGAAUACAUUGGCAUUUCUGGGAAAUGGGCUUAUUCACUUUCUUCUUGAGAGUUAGAUGGGAAGAUCGACACCCCUGUCAUGUCUGUAUGAUAAAUACGAAGCUAGAGCCAGGACCAGGUUAGCUUAGCUUAGCACAAAGAUCGGAAACGGGGAAACAGCUAGCUAGUUAACAGAAUCAUUUUACCGGCGCUUCUAAAGAUCACAGAUUAACGUAUUACGUCUCCGCUGUUUAAUCCAGAGAGAAAGACACUGCUGGAUUUACUUGGACUGGCUCAAGCGACAUCGCAGCAUCAGUAAAAUGCGCUUUGUAAAGUCAGGAAAAGCCAUUGUGAAAACAUUUACAUAGACAUUUAUUCAGGUACGGUCUAAGAUAUAGGAAAGACACUAACAGUAAAGUGUUAUUUAUUUUUGUUAUUGUUAUUAUAAGAUCCUCAGGCAGAGGGUUUUUUUCUGUCCCAGAGGCCCAGCUGAAAAUUAAAGGGUCGGGGCCUCAACAUUCUGGAUUUUAUUUGUCUUUUUAUCUUUUUAUCAUUUCUUUUACACCACAGCUUAUUGGUUUUAUCUUUUUAUCUUAUGAGUUUGAGUUUAUUUUGCUGC